AUGUCGCGAUUGUGUGGUAUGCGCCCUGAAGGGCUGACGGUAGACUCGAGGUUCAGUCCUCUUCCGUCGAUGUGUUUCUUCGAUACCAUCAUCAUCCCUUUACCGGCGUGGAUUCGUCUGACAGUCACUUUCGCCCUUUUCCACUUCAUUGUGCCGGUUCUCAUCGUCGACAAGAUUAAGCGAUAUACCGUGAAGAAAGAAUGGCAGAGGCAUGCUCAAUUAUCCGUCUAUUUCUUCUCUAUACUCGUCGUGUUUCUCAUGGAGAUUAUGGAAAUCGCCAGACUCGCAGAGAUUCGCUAUGCCAUUGGCCUUCUUCCUUUCGUCUUUGCUGGCUGCGGCGUAUGUGCAGUCAUGCAGGCCACCCGCGGCAUCAAGGGCAAGAUUCGCAAUUGGCAGGUGGCUAACAUCAUUUUCUGGAUCAUGAGCGUCGCUGUCACCAUUAUCAAGAUCCUCACGAUUCAGCGCUCAAGCAUGCGAUUCCCCGAGUUCCGGCGAAUGGGAACCGACUAUCCGACGACGCACCAGGUGCAGGACUUGGCCGUCAUUGCCGGGUUCUACGUCCUUCUCUUGAUCAACGAGAUUGCGCUCUUCUUCCAGAAGACUUGGGAAGAGACUGUCGACGCUGAGAACAUCAAAAAGCUCCGCCUCACCAGGUCGAUCAGCGACCAAGCCCGCUACGAUCUCACCCGGGCUAUUGAGGAGGGCUACUACCCCUCGGGCGUCACGUAUCUGACCCUUAGACUCGAGGGCGAAUCUCAGAGCGAGAAGGCCGUCAGCAAGGACGACAUUCUCAAGAAGACGGCCAGCAUGGACGCUUCCAUCGCAGGGUCGUCUUCCAGCGAGAAGACGGCUGGCAAGAGGCUCAUGGAUGAGGAUUCCAUCGAACCAGUACCCAUGAUACCCCCUAGCUUCAGACGCAACAGCGAGCGGUGGUCGUCGGCCAUGACGCUCAAGGAUGCUGCCGGAGAUGACAUGAACGAGAAGGUCGGCGGCAAGGACAACAACAAGAAGCGCGGCAGCGAGAGGUGGUCGAAUGCCAUGACAAUCAAGGAGCCCACAGCUCUCCGUGACGGUCAUGACAAGCGUGUGUCAAGCUUCGCCUCCCCGAUGGUUGCCGACAUCGACGAGAUCACACCCCUGGACCCCCCUUCCACCUCAUCAUCCAGAUAUGAAGACGAGCAUGCCGCGCAGAAAGCCAUGCUUCUCGACAGCCCCUUCCCCAUGAAAGAACUUCCCGACAGGCGCUCCUUCAUGCUCAAGCCUUCGCGCCCCAACACCGAGAGAUGGUCCAACGCCAUGACUCUGCGCGGCGAGCCGUCAUCCGGCAGCGGCAGCCAGGAGCCUUCGCCCAAGGAGCAUAAGGAGUAUAUGCCCUCGGCACCCCCGGCCGCGGCGACGGCUCCGACCACGCCGGAGCGCAGGGCUUCGGCUAGCGAGCGGAACAUAAUGAGGAGAUACUCUGACGCCUCCACGCGGUCUAUCAGGAGGUUUUCUGCACGCAGUGACCUCCGCGAGGCGGCGGCCACAGCGGCGGCGUUUGUGGAUGGUGAUGAGCCGCUCACUUCGCCAACGGAAGCGCAUCCUUUGCAGCCGAAUCACCACACGCCAUAA